GUUCAUCACACACACCCACCGGCGCUUCUUCCACAGGCGGAGUGGUGCGCAGAGGAAAAGGGGGUUCUACGGCAGCUGGCGGUACAGCGGAGGGAGACGAAAUCCAAAAAAAACUAGGCAGUGCGGCUCGUAGUCUGAACGUUUCGUUGCAAUUGUCACAGACCAGCGAGUGAGAUACCUACAUCCUCGCUGGCUGUACUCCCUGUGAUUAUUAUAUCAUAUUAAUACCACACACAUUUUUUAAAUGUAAUACACCCUCCCAGAGGUGUUCAAUGAAAAAUACAUAAUCUUUUAAUACAUCCCCUUUCCGAUUCUGACUCAAAGCUUAGACAAACCAUCUAUUUCAUGCAUUUAUUUUUCUACCCAUUCUGUUAGACUUAUCGUUGCAAGUAAGUGAAAACAGGUAUUUCCAAAGUAACUAAGAAAUUGCACAUUUUUCUGGUUUCAACAUUCUUACCAGUUAUUCUGAUCAAAUUAAACCUCGAGCCGUUCCAUCACCUGAAGGGAUCCGAGUGACUGCGCCAAAAUGGGGUACGGCCGGUCAGACAGCUACCGCGUGGCCACCACACAGGAUGCGGACGAUAAGGACUCUCCCAAGAAGAAGAAGGGAAAAGACCUGGAUGACCUGAAGAGGGAAGUACCAUUGACGGAGCACAAGAUGUCUGUGGAAGAAGUUUGCCGGAAAUACAACACGGACAUCGUCCAGGGUCUGACCAAUGCCAGGGCUGCAGAGUACCUGGCCCGCGAUGGGCCCAAUGCCCUCACCCCCCCUCCCACCACGCCGGAGUGGGUCAAGUUCUGCCGCCAGCUGUUCGGUGGCUUCUCCAUCCUGCUGUGGACCGGAGCCAUCCUCUGCUUUCUGGCCUACGCCAUCCAGGCAGCCACCGAGGAUGAGCCUGCAGGGGACAACUUAUAUCUGGGCAUCGUGCUGUCCGCUGUGGUCAUCAUCACCGGCUGCUUCUCCUACUUCCAGGAGGCCAAGAGCUCCAAGAUCAUGGAGUCCUUUAAGAACAUGGUUCCCCAGCAAGCCCUGGUGAUCCGCGAGGGGGAGAAGAUGCAGAUCAACGCGGAGGAGGUGGUGGGCGGAGACCUGGUGGAGGUGAAGGGCGGAGACAGAAUCCCUGCUGACCUCCGCAUCGUCUCCUCUCACGGCUGCAAGGUGGACAACUCCUCCCUGACCGGAGAAUCUGAGCCCCAGACCCGGUCACCUGACUGUACCCAUGACAACCCACUGGAGACUCGCAACAUUGCCUUUUUCUCCACCAACUGCGUUGAAGGUACGGCACGCGGCAUCGUGGUCUGCACCGGCGACCGCACGGUCAUGGGCCGCAUCGCCACCCUCACCUCGGGCCUGGAGACCGGCAAGACCCCCAUCGCCAAGGAGAUCGAGCACUUCAUCCACCUGAUCACGGGCGUGGCCGUCUUCCUGGGCGUCACCUUCUUCGUCCUGUCCAUCGUGCUGGGCUACUCCUGGCUGGAGGCCGUCAUCUUCCUCAUCGGCAUCAUCGUGGCCAACGUGCCAGAGGGGCUGCUGGCCACCGUCACUGUGUGCCUGACCCUCACGGCCAAGCGAAUGGCCCGCAAGAACUGCCUGGUGAAGAACCUGGAGGCCGUGGAGACCCUGGGCUCCACCUCCACCAUCUGCUCCGACAAGACCGGGACCCUGACCCAGAACCGCAUGACCGUGGCCCACAUGUGGUUCGACAACCAGAUCCACGAGGCCGACACCACGGAGGACCAGUCCGGCACCUCCUUUGACAAGAGUUCCACCACCUGGGUGUCGCUGGCGCGCAUCGCGUCCCUGUGCAACCGCGCCAGUUUCAAGGCGGGCCAGGAGCACAUGCCCAUCCUGAAGCGGGACGUGGCGGGCGAUGCCUCCGAGUCGGCCCUGCUCAAGUGCAUCGAGCUCUCCUGCGGCGCCGUCAAGGCCAUGAGGGAGAACAACAAGAAGGUGGCCGAGAUCCCCUUCAACUCCACCAACAAGUACCAGCUCUCUGUGCACGAGACCGAGGACCCCAACGACAACCGCUACCUGCUGGUGAUGAAGGGCGCCCCCGAGCGCAUCCUGGACCGCUGCUCCACCAUCCUGCUGCAGGGCAAGGAGCAGCCCAUGGACGACGAGCUGAAAGAGGCCUUCCAGAACGCCUACCUGGAGCUGGGAGGACUGGGGGAGAGGGUGCUGGGGUUCUGUCACGUCCUGUUGGCAGAGGACAAGUACCCCAAGGGCUUUGCCUUUGACUGCGACGACGUCAACUUCCAGACGGACAACCUGUGCUUCGUGGGCCUGAUGUCCAUGAUCGACCCGCCCCGCGCCGCCGUGCCCGACGCCGUUGGCAAGUGCCGCUCCGCCGGGAUCAAGGUCAUCAUGGUGACCGGGGACCACCCCAUCACCGCCAAGGCCAUCGCCAAGGGUGUCGGCAUCAUCUCCGAGGGCAACGAGACUGUGGAGGACAUUGCUGCUCGGCUCAACAUUCCAGUCAGCCAGGUCAACCCCAGGGAUGCCAAGGCCUGCGUGAUCCACGGCACAGACCUGAAGGACCUGUCCCAGGAGCAGAUGGACGAGAUUCUGAGGAACCACACCGAGAUUGUCUUCGCCAGGACCUCCCCGCAGCAGAAGCUCAUCAUCGUGGAGGGCUGCCAGAGACAGGGGGCCAUUGUGGCUGUAACAGGGGACGGUGUCAAUGACUCCCCCGCCCUGAAGAAGGCCGACAUCGGCGUCGCCAUGGGGAUCUCCGGCUCAGACGUGUCCAAACAAGCGGCCGACAUGAUCCUACUGGACGACAACUUCGCCUCCAUCGUCACCGGCGUGGAAGAAGGUCGCUUGAUCUUUGAUAACCUGAAGAAGUCCAUCGCUUACACCCUGACCAGCAACAUCCCCGAGAUCACGCCCUUCCUCUUCUUCAUCUUGGUCAACAUCCCUCUGCCCCUCGGCACCAUCACCAUCCUCUGCAUCGACCUGGGCACUGACAUGGUGCCGGCCAUUUCCCUGGCCUAUGAGGCGGCUGAGAGUGACAUCAUGAAGAGGCAGCCCAGAAACCCGCGUGUGGACAAGCUGGUGAAUGAGAGGCUGAUCAGCAUCGCCUAUGGACAGAUCGGUAUGAUCCAGGCUCUGGGUGGAUUCUUCAGUUAUUUCGUGAUUCUGGCGGAGAACGGCUUCCUGCCCUCUCUGCUGGUGGGCAUCCGCCUCAACUGGGACGACCGCUCCACGAACGACCUGGAGGACAGCUACGGCCAGCAGUGGACCUACGAGCAGAGGAAGAUCGUGGAGUUCACGUGUCACACGGCCUUCUUUGUGAGCAUCGUGGUGGUGCAGUGGGCGGACGUCAUCAUCUGCAAGACCAGGCGCAACUCCGUUUUCCAGCAGGGCAUGAAAAAUAAGAUCCUGAUUUUUGGGCUGUUUGAGGAGACUGCCUUAGCUGCCUUCCUGUCCUACUGCCCGGGCAUGGAUGUGGCCCUCAGGAUGUACCCCCUCAAGCCCAGCUGGUGGUUCUGCGCAUUCCCCUACAGUUUCCUCAUCUUUGUUUACGAUGAAAUACGAAAACUCCUCCUGCGCAGGAACCCUGGAGGUUGGGUGGAAAAAGAAACAUACUAUUAAAAGAUCAGUCUCUACUCAUCCCCCUUCAUCCUCCCUGUCUCUCUAUCUCCCUUUCCCCCACUCCCUCUCAACGCAACACUUCACACAAAAAUGACAAAGCUAAAAGAAAAUGUCAAAAGUGCUCCCAUCCCUAACUCAAAAUCGGAGAAGAGGAGAGAGGAAACACUGCCGGAGAAAAGAGGGACACGACCUGCCACGACUCCUGUCCUCCCUCUCUCUCUAUCUAUCUCUCUCUCUCCCUCUCUCUCUCUCUGACAUUCCAUCCAUCUCUAUACCCAAAGACUACAGCAUAAGACCUACCACCAGAACUGUUACAGUCUUUAUAUCCUCUUCUAGUACUGUUCAUGUGUGCUGUUACACUGCAGUGUGUACAUGGAUAAGGGUGGUGGUUACACAACUCUAUCUACAAAUGGCAGCUGUAUAUUGGUAACGUAGAGUGAAGGAGCCCUAGUGUGCCGUGAAUGUCUCAGUUCUGUGAAUAUGACAUUUCCCCCCACCCCCGCCCCCGUCCCCUUUUCACCCUCCCUUCCCUCCUUUCAUUUUCCUCCAUCUUCUGUUCAUAUGCCCCCCCCUCACCUCCCAUUCAAGCCAUUGGUAAAGGUGGACCACAAGAGCCAGUGAAAGAACCGACCAAUCAUAAUACUAGGCUCCUUCUGUUAUAGAGGAAAACGGGCGUGUUCUUACACCCCCCCCUCUGCGUUUUACAGUAAUACUCGCCUCCUUCAGCUGUAGAGGAACGAGGGCGUGUUCUUACAGCCCUCCGCAUUUCUCCUCUUUCCUGCCAGUUCAGUCGCAGUGAUGUCAUUUUGUUUCUUUUCUUAGCCGCUGAGACUGAAUGAUUUUUAUUUAAAUGUUUUUUUAUUUCAGGGGGGUGUGUGAGAGUCGAUUCCCUCAUUUGGACAUGACCACUCUUUCUCUUUCGCACCCUCCUUCCCUCCUCCCUUACCUUUAUCUCUCUCUCUCUCCUACUGCCAGUCUGUCUGUCUGUCUGUCUGUCUGUGUGCACUGUGAGAACCAUUGUCCUUGUUGACUUCCUACCCUGUUGGAAAAAAAAAAAAUCAAUCUUUCUGUGUUCUAGGAAAAAAAAAAGAUUUCUCCUUCAAUU